AUGGAGAUCGUUGGUGCGAUUUCCGCUGUUUUAGCUAUCGCGGUGGAGUUCGUUCACAUUUCCAGAAGGCUUCGUCGCUGCAUCCGGUUCCUUGAGUACGCCAAGCGUGAUAUCAAGGUUAUCCACAACGAAGUCGAAGCAUUUAGCACCCUUCUCAGCCUGUUUCACAGUACUGUGACGGACGACCGUUUGGCUGACGAAGGCCUGUCCACAAAAAUCAAAACGUCCAAAAUGACGCAACAUAUCGUCACGUCAGGGAGGGCAGCCUUGGACAAGAUCGAACAAAUUUUGCUUCAAGUCGAGCCAAUGAGAACCGACAAGGUCUACCCAGCUCACAAGCGAUGGAUCGCUCGCUGGAAAUGGUCCGGGCGGAAGGAAGAAUGGAUCCCUGUUCAAAUUGAACUCAACUCUAUCAAGCUGAGCGCCGAUCUACUCAUAUCGAUUGUAUUUUGCCAGCACCUUGUUCAAAAGCUCGACCAACUACAUGCCGAGCAGAAAAAUAUCCCGAACGAGCUGCUUCAGCAAUUAUUUCUGUAUACAAGCCAGGUCAAAACUUUGGAUUCGAGGUGCAGAAGGGCCGUGAAAGAGAGCAGACGAGUGCAAUCCCAGCAGGCUCAUAUGUUGCAAAUUGGUCAAGAAAUCCUCGCGCUGGCAUCUCGUUUAGCCAAAUCUCACAUUGCGUCGCACCCUGAGCUCGAAACCGUCUUAGAUCACAACGGAGUUCCCUCCUUUGCGUCCGGCAAGUCGAUAACAUCAAGGGAUUCUGGUUCGUCUGGUAGCCCCCAGGCACGUCCUUCCACCCGCAGCACCCCAAGGGGCCCUUGUUCGGGACCUUCUUCGGGCCAUGUACCAGUUCCUGAAAUAUCUUCAGAUGCCACAGAUCGCGCACCUGUCACUGAAAUCCCUGCGAAUCUUUCGGCUCUUCCAUCAGUGGUUGAAAUACCGAAUCCCGGACAACAUGGAUCUGGAAGACCUCCAGACCAAGUACUUGCAUCGGGAAGAUCUAGCAUGGGCUCUGAGCUUCUGGGCUCUGAGCUACCAUUAUCGAGACCGAUCCCAGCCGGCGGCGUUCCAACAGCAUUGUUUGGGCCACCGGAACCAAGCACACGCCCGUCUAAUUUCCGACAGUUAGAGGCAAACUUGGCAGAGCGUCCGGUCAUUGUGGAUGAUGACCGGGGCCUUCGCGAGGAAUUCCGUCGCCCAAGGAGGUUGUCAGGAUCAUCCUAUACCAGCUGA